CCAGCAGCAGCUAGCUAGUCGAUAGCCGGCCGGCCAAAACCACCUCUCCCUUUCCUUCUUCUCUGUCCCCCUUAAUUCUCCAGCCAAUACAGCUUUCUGGGGCUUACACCGCAGGUCCAGAGCCGGCCGGUCGUCGAUCCACAUCACCAUUACUCCAUCUCCUGAUACCGAUCGAGAGCUCCUCCCUCGCUCCGGGCUGAGUCGCCGGCCGGACGGACUCCUCCGACCCGUGCGGCGUCAGGCCGGCCCGCCAGCUGGGCCAUCCCGUUUUUUGAUUCAUCAGCCGUAGUAGGACUAGGAGCCAUGGUCGAAGCUAUUUGAUCUAUCUCUGAGCUGAGCUGGGCCGGCAAUUUGAUGAUGCUUGUGUGUGUGUGAUCAUGAGUGGAUAAUAAGAGAUGAUAAGCGGCAACCUCACCAAUGAAGACCUGGGGGCCGGGCGCACCAAGGCCGAGGGGCCGACGACCGCGGCCAGGGCCGUCGCGAAGAGUCCCGUGCUGCCGAGCUCCCGGCACUGGCCGCCGUCGACGGAGUCCAGGAUCGUGCGCGUGUCGCGGGUCUUCGGCGGCAAGGACCGGCACAGCAAGGUGAGGACGGUCAAGGGGCUGCGCGACCGGCGCGUGCGGCUGUCCGUGCCGACGGCGAUACAGCUCUACGACCUCCAGGACCGGCUGGGCCUCAGCCAGCCGAGCAAGGUGGUGGACUGGCUGCUCGACGCCGCGCAGCACGAGAUCGACAAGCUGCCUCCGCUUCAGUUCCCACCGCAGGCAGCGCAGGACCUCGUCGCCCAUCUGCCGCCGCCAUCCAUGGUGGCGCCCUUCGCAGCCGACCGGGCCGAGGCCGACGGCGACAAACGCCACUGCCACGCCGGCGUCAAAGGGCUCAUGGGCCUCAACAAUUCCAUCCGCCUCGUCAACGCCACCAUGCCGCUGGCUCACGGCUUGUACUACACGCCCGGCGAGUCUUGGACCGGUACCAAUGCCGAUGAUGCCGCCGCCCAUGAUCAUCAGACGGUGGCUCACGGCCACUCGCCCUUCUCAUCUCUGCUGUCUCUUGCUGCUCCGGGGCCUCAGCUCGUCUUCUACUCGUCGGAAGGCGGCGGAUUCACCAUGAAAGAAGAAGCCACCGGUUAUCAGUUCCCAGUACAAAAUAGCCUCGACCACUCGCAAGGCCAGCUCUCACUGAGCUCAGCUAGAAGCUUCCUUCGCCCCGGCAACCAGGUAUGAUUAGGUCACUGAUCUCUACUGCUCCAAGAAGGUACGUAGAAGAAUAAAGCUUGGUGUAGUAGUAAUCAAGUACUCAUUUGAAGGUUCCGUAACGGUUGUAACUGCAGUUUUGAGAUGCUAUUGUUUGGUAUGAUCGAGUAGAGGGUCUCUAGCAUGCAUAAUUGAGGUUAUUUUUGCAGGACAUGCAAUGCAAUUCGUUGCUUCUUUUUUAUACAAGGAAGCAACGACAGGUC